CCUCAAUUCUCUUCUCGCCGGGCGUAGAGUCUUUCGAUAAUAACUUCUCGUACCCGCUAGGGUGUCCCUAGUGGUAUUAGUAGGUGAUUCUUUUGGAUCGGAAGGACUACGUAUCUUCGGGCAUCUGUGAGUGCGCUUUCUCGACUCUGCAGAUGUAGAACAUCGCUUGGCGUCCUUGUGGGGGACAGGACCAUUCGAACCGCACCUAAAAAUGUCGUACAGGGACAUGAGAAACUUCUGCGAAAUGAUGAGGGCACUGGGGUUUCCUCGGUUGAUUUCCAUGGAGAAUUUUCGCACUCCAAAUUUUCCCCUCCUGGCCUCGAUUCUCCAGUGGCUGGUCAACAGGUACGACCCAGAAGCCUACCUACCCGCCGACACCGACACGGAACAGGACCGAGUGAUCUUCAUCAAGAGCGUGGCUCAGCUGAUGGCAACGAAGGCUCACAUCAAGCUGAACACGAAGAAACUCUACCAGGCGGACGGUUACGCCGUCCGAGAGAUCCUCAAGGUCGCGUCUCUCCUCUACGAGGCGAUGAAGAAUGCCCCGAGCGAGUCGACCAACGAGAACGCAGCGUUGAUGGCCGCUCCCUCCGGCAUCCAAGAUCUCACCAAUAAGUUGACGGACUUGAAGAAGACUCGCCAGCUGGCGUCCCAGAUCACCACCAAGGGGGCGACGCUUUUCGAUCUGCUCGGGAAGGAGGCAAGCUCGACAAGGAAUUUUUUGCUAGCAUCCACCGUAAACCUGAGAGAGGUGAGGCUAACGGUGUUGGCCAGGCAGCUGGACCUGAACGACGUCGAGAAGACGCUAAGGAAAGCCGUCCAGCAGGCGGAGAAGGAGGUGCAGGAGGUGCAGCACAACAGCGAGAACAUCUCGAGCGAGGAGGCUCAAUGGGACGGGAGGAUCGAGAAGAAGCGGGUGGAGCUGGAGAGGACGGAUAAGCGGCUGCAGACGCUGAGGAAAGUCCGGCCGGCCUUCAUGGACGAAUACGAGAAGAUGGAAGUGGACUUCAAGAAACUCUACGAGGAGUACUUCCUCAAGUUCCGCUGCCUCGCCGCCUUGGAACAGUCGCUGGAGGAACAGGAUAGGAUCGAAAGGGAGCGCGUAGCAGAGAGACAAGCAGUCGCCCGAAGGCUCCUCGAGCGACUGAAGCAGGAAGAAGAGAAACGGCUGCGGGGAUCCGAGGACGUGGAACUGGACCUCGACGACGACGACGGCGACGGCGACGCUCUGGUGGGAAGCCACCUCCAACGAGGCGGAAGAAAGCCGCACCGCCGGGUGUUCGGCUCCAUGCAGGCCGGCGAGGAGAGCGCGGACUCGGACUCCCUGGACUCCGACUCCGACGUGGCCCUGGAGCUGGCCGGGGAUCGCCCCGUCGGGGCCAGGGAGACCGAGAGGACGAUCGGCCUCGAGGGAAACGUGGACUCGGAUCUCUCCUCGGACGCAGAAAUCGAGAUGGAUCGGGGGAAAGAGGCCAAGGAAAUCACGGCGGACGUAAAGGAUUCCGACGACGAUUUCUAGAGCCGCAAAAUCGAUUCUAACGUCUCGCACUGCUUCGUUUCCCGACCCAAUAAAUGUGAACGCCGUGUGAACUCGUCGACGCGGAUCGACCGAUCCGUCAGAAAAACGCUGUCGUUUCACCGCGUCACGUGCGGUGCUUUGCGGUUCAGUGGAACGCUUUUACGCUUGUCCCCGGUUGGCCCAGCUCCUCGUCGCCUUCGAGAUAUAUUUGAAUUUCGUCGUCAAAUGAAAACCUGCUGGACUCGGAAUAAAAAUGUGG